AUGUUACCUUUCACAGCUUCGAGCAAUCAUGGUCGCGCCGCCCGGUCGCAGGACGACCACUCCAGCUCUACAGGAGCAGUAGCAACCGCGCCGAAUGCAGCGUCGUCGGCUCGAUCAUCGGAAUCCGAGACCAAUUUGAAUGAAGUCGCCGCCCCGGGCCCGGUCUAUGACCCGUCCGAGAAGUCAGUACAGCGCCAAGAGUACCUAGAGAAUCGGAUUCUAGAUGACUCGGAGUCGCAUCUACAGGAAGUGAAAACCGAACCGGCCCAGGCCGAUGAUGCUGAACUCCACGCGUCCGGUGCCAGCUUGGGAACCAGGACCGACAAGCCGACCGGCGAUCGGCUAUCCAAGAUAGUCCGGACUACGUGUAUUGUAGGCUACCUCAUUUUGUUUUCAUUUGUCGGCACGCUCCUCCGCAUCGCUAUUGAGUGUUUGACAUUCUACCCCGGGUCGCCGGUGAACACCAGCGUUCUCUGGGCCAAUGUUGGAGGUAGCUUCAUUAUGGGCUUUCUGAGCGAGGAUCAAGAAAUCUUUCGGUUCGAAGAGGUUGAGGCCAAAAUUCCGGCGGAGGCGAGACAAGACGGUGCCCGGAGGGCGGCACAUUUGAAGGCGCACAAGAAAACCAUCCCGCUAUACAUCGGACUGACGACGGGGCUCUGUGGGAGCCUGACGUCCUUUUCCACCUUUAUUCGAGAUGUGUAUCUGGCACUGGCUAACCAGCUUCCGGUACCGAUCGGCCCAUACUUGGAUAUCUCCUUAUUCGCUUCGGCCCCAGCGACGGCCAGAGCUCCAAAUGGAGGGUUCAGCUUCAUGGCCCUAGUUGCUGUGCUAUUUACAGAGAUUGGUCUGUCGCUGGCGGGCCUUUUUCUCGGUGCCCACCUCGCGAUCGGCGUAUCUCCUUGGACUCCAACCCUUCCCCAACACUGGCUGCGCAAAGUCCUGGACCCCACGGCGAUCGUCCUCGCGUGCCUCUCAUGGGUCGCGGUGAUUUGCCUGGUGAUUCUACUGCCGGGACAUCUGCAACAGGAUUCUUUAUGGAGCCCAGAAUUGUGGAGAGGGCCUGUUCUCUUUGCUUUGGUCUUCGCUCCGGUCGGCUGCCUGGCCCGAUUUUUCAUUUCCCUCAAACUGAACGGCCGCAUCCGAUCCUUUCCCUCGGAACCUUUACGGUUAACGUCGGCGGUGUAA